CAAAUAGAAAAUCUCUAUUACAAAACCCCUAAAUCCUGCGUUAAUUCUUACAGCUCACCGAGAUUUCCUUUCCAGUUUCUCCAGAAUCGAAGAAUUAGGGCAGCGAGAAGACGAAGAUUGCAACUUCUCCAGCUCGCAACCAAGUCUAUCCCUUUCUCUUGAAUUCUCAGCCCUGAAUGUCUCCGAUGGGUAGAAAUAUAAGCCAACUGCUCUUCAUAGAGCUGGAGAACCUUGAGAAAGACCCUGAGACCCGUAGGGCUGCAAUGAAGGCACUCAAAUCUUACGUCAAAGAUUUGGACUCUAAAACCAUCCCUAUCUUUCUUUCUCGGGCCUCUGAGAUCAAAGAUCCAAGCUCACCAUCUGGAGAGAGUAUAAUAUCUCUAUUUGAGGUCCUUGUCAGAAGCCAUGGCCGCAGCAUUGUUCCAUAUAUCAACAACAUUAUGGAUCUCAUCGUUAAGACUUUGUCAUCAACCUCCGGAUCUUUUGCCCUCCACCAGUCUUGCUCCAAAGUGGUUCCAGCGAUUGCUCGGUAUUGCAUUGAUCCUUUGAUGCUUGAGAAUGAGAAGGCGAGAAUAGUUUGCUCUCUAUCUAAGCCUCUAUCGAACGUACUGAUGGGUUCACAGGAGAAUGCUGCAUCAGGAGCUGCUUUGUGCCUUAAAGCUCUUGUGGAAUCUGAUAACUGGAGAUUUGCUUCAGACGAUGUUGUCAAUGAGGUCUGCCUCAAAGUUGCAGGUGCUCUCGAGGAGAAUCAAACUCAGACAGCCUCCCAUAUGGGUCUGGUUAUGGCUCUGUUGCAGCAUAAUACUUUGAUUAUCGAUGCUUAUUCAAGAUCCCUCAUACGUUCUGGCCUACAAAUUUUAACUGCUGAUAGCAAAGAGAAGAAUUCACAGAAGCGGCUUUCCGCCAUUCAGAUGAUUAAUUUUUUGAUGAAGUGUGUGGAUUCAAGGAGCAUCUGUUCAGAAAUUGCUAAAAUUGUUGAUGUCCUGGAGGAAAGCCAGAAUGAUAGUUUGCCAUUUGUUAGGGGUGCAGCUUUUGAAGCAUUGCAGACUGCUAAAAUUGUAGCCAGGCAGAGAGAAUCUUUAAGCAAAGUAUGUUCAAGUCCCUUCGCGGGUUCGAAUUCUGAUAAGAUAAUUGUUAGAAAUAAUCCACAAGUUGAUAAAGAUGACAGCGGAGAUGCUGAGGAUAGUGAUGAGUUUUCAGUUGACUCUCCACUCUCUCUUGGAAAAUCUUCUUGCAAUGUUGAGAAUGGUAGGCGAGCAAGUAGGAGGCUAUGGGGGGAUGCUAUUAGAGGCAUUCAUGCACCAAACGAAAAUGGAUUUUGUCGUCAAGCUCUUUCAAGCAGUGAUAGUUCAAUAGUUCAUCUUGAAAGAUUUAAGGAUGAGCUAAGUGAACCACACGCGGAACACUUGGAGUCUCUACCUGCACAAAAUAUUGUUGCCCGAUCAUUCACCAGCAGUCCUCCGAGGUCAAGACCACAACUUAUUGAUAAUGCAAAUAUAUACUACACACCCCGUAAGCUCAAUGGGCCUCUUCGAAAUACUUCCAGUGCCAACUUCAGAGAUCAUGUAAUACAACAUUCUAGGAUCAUUACAAGUCCUGCCUCAGUUGAAGUUGAAUGGAAACCUAACAUGCUACUAAAUAGAGCAAAUAGUUCUCAGAAUUUGAACCAUACAAUCGAAGCAAGGGUCAAUGGAAGCAUGAAACGGUUGCACACCCAACAGACACUCUGGGAUGGCGAGCAUCUAACAAAUGAAUCGACAGAUUGUCCUUGCACAACGUCAUGCAUAAUUUGUUGCAAAGGUGAAGAAAAAGUUCAGAUGAAGAAAACAAGGAGCGGAAAAUCUGAUAAGGCUGUCCUAGGUUUGUUUUCCUUUGUUCUUAUUGCUGUUAUCUUGUCAAUUUUCUGGAUUGACAAUGAUAAGGUACUCUCUGAUGUAGUUCCAACUUAAAACUUUGUGGACUGAGUUUGUGUGAUCAUUCUGUCUGUGUCGUGUGCUGAGUGUUUGGAAAUAUUAUAUACAAACUUAUAUGCAUUUUAUUUUCUCAAAGGGAAGAUAUAAUUCAAAAUGA